AUGUCCUUUCUCAAGAUUAGUCAUCAAUCGUUGGUUCCGUUCCAUGAACGACACGGAAACCAUCAAUAUACCAAGCACACAAACUUUAAUUUACUAAUCAACACCUCAUCAGUUAAUGAAAUAACAAAAUCGCAGUCAACAACCCUUUCAUCCACAAAACCUACCAAACAAACAAAAACAACUCAUGCAGAACCUCGUAAUAUUACGAGCAGCAAAUUUUCAUCACUCCGAACGUCAAUUUCUCCUCUUUCACUUGUGACCCUGGAUCCCUUACAAAUUCCGCAGGACACAAAAAGAAGAGGAAGAAUACCUUUUCUUCAGGAAGAGGUUGAUGAAGAACCUAAAAGGUUCGAUUUACCACCAGUUGUAAAUAUCCAACACACAAAAAACAAAGACACUGAGUCAACCGAUUCAGAGAACGAUGAAAACAAAGAGGAACAAGUCAUUACACUAGAUUUGGCAAAUGAUCUAAUGACCAUUAAUUUAGUAAACAAGAAUGAACAAAAGCAAGAUGGUGCGACAUCACUUCAGCCAGAGACAGAUAGUGAAUCAAAAGAAAUUCAUCCUCCUAUAAAUGAGGUUACCUCCAUUCUGGUCAAUGCCAUUGAUGAACUGAACACAGAUACACGAAGAUCGCAAUCAGUGACAACACCAGAUUUAAUUUCGAACAAUCUAAACAGAUUGUUACGAUCUGAAUCAAGGCUGUCAGAGAUUAGCAUGCAUGAAAAGACUUUCAACACCUCAAAUAUCUCAAUGAUGAAUGCAGAUCCUUCCUUAGCAAAAGACAUGAUCGCGAGAGAAAAAGCACAGCUGGUUCUUAAGAAAUUUCUCAAUGAUAAGGAAAGAGAAGAAAGGAACAAGUUGAAAGUUGAGAAAUUGAGGAAAGAGAUUGAAGAAAGUAGAGCAAACAUUGAAAAAUGGAGAGAGAAAAAAGAAUUGCAAAAUACUUCAAUCCGAAAAUCUGUCAAAAUGACAAAGGAACUCAUAAAAGAAAGAGACAUGGAAAUGGAAAUUAUUAGAAAAAUUAAAAGUAUAAAACGAAGGAAAGGCAGUAAUGAAGCAAAAGAAAAGCUGAAAAGUAUCGAGGAUCAUUCGAAAUUUUUUGUUUGUCAAAACAAUAUGCUUGCAAAACAAAUGAUUGCAAAACAUGCUUUGAAAAAGAGGCAACUUCAGCUUGAGGAGAAUUUCCUGAAUGUGUAUGAAAAAAGAAUGAAGGAAGUUCAAUCAAAAGCUCAGACUGAUGCUUUAAAUCUUUAUGAGCUUGACGAAAAGAAACAUAUCAAUAGAAAAAGAAAGGAAAUUGCCUUGUCUCAGUUAGACAUGGUUAAACAAGCACAGGUUGAGAAAUUACAAACAAAGAUGCUUAAAGUUAAGGUUGACAAAUAUCUGGGUGAAUUGGAAAAAUCAAAACGACAAGAAGAGUUACGGAUGGAAAGAGAGUUAAGAAGCAUGCAGAGAAAGCAACAAAAAGAAGCUAAAAAAUUGGAAAAAGAAAGUCAACAACGUAGAAACUUUAAGUUUAUCAAGGAACUUAGUAUGCAAGAAAUAAUAAGACAACCAGAAAAAGACGAUGAUCAAUCCUCAGAUUCGUCCUAUUUCACAGAGAGUGACGGCGAAGAUGCUCCAAUUGUUAUCGUUAUGAAAUCUCAAAAACCAGCUGUUGGAAACAUUAACAUUGAUUUAAGCAAAAUUAAUACUCAACGGCCUUGUACAGACAGUGAAAAGUAUGACACAGCUAGAUCAUCUCUAAGCGCACGCCUUAGUAUUGGCAACUUUUCACCUCGAGUCCUAGACCAAAACCUGUCCAGUCAACAAUUGUCGUCCCCUAGAGAUUUUGAAACAUCAUCGUUAAGGAAAGAGCAUUCCAAUCUCUUCAACACCAUUGGUAUUUCAAGCCAAUUCUUAUAA